AUGGGACGAACUUUGUUUGUUACCGUGGGGACUACUCUGUUUGACAAGCUAGUCCUGUCGACAUCAUCGCCAGAGGCUCUCCAAUGGAUGCUGGCCAAUGGAUUUACUCGAGUAAUCAUCCAAUAUGGCAAGGGCGUGGAACCUUCCAUCCCCAAGGACCAGGCUGCUGGCUUUGAGAAAAUCGAAACAUACCGCUUCAAACCAACACUGGAAGAUGACAUGAAGGCUGCUGACAUGAUUAUCAGUCAUGCUGGAGCUGGAACCGUCAUGGAAGCCAUGAGAAUGGAAAAACAUCUCGUUGUGGUGAUCAACACUUUGCUCAUGGACAAUCAUCAAGCCGAGUUGGCCAAUGCCAUGGGAUCACGCAAACACAUAUUUGUCGUCAAGGAACCGGAUGAUAUGCAAAGGUUUGAAAUUUGGGACGAAUUUAACACCUUUACUCCAAUUCCUUAUGAAAGCGGUGAUAACCAGGACUUUCCGAGAAUUGUGGAUAACCUGGUUGGCUUUGGCAGCAAAAAAGACAAGUGA